UCCAAAAGCAUGUCCUCACGUGGAGCCUUCGCUUCUGCAGGUUCAGCUAUUUUUCAUGAGGAGCAGAACAUUCGUUCUUUGAGAACCAACGGGAAACCAGAUGUUAAAGUUAGGUCCGUUAAGGCUCUUGAUCCAAGGAAAUCAAGAGUACCUGAUCCAGUAAAUACUGAUGGAUCUAACAGGAAGAUGGAAUCUCCACCAACACCAAACCCUAUGUCAUCCUUACGUCCUUCUCCACCUGACUCAAAGGCACCAGAAAUAGGGACAAGGUCUCUCUCAAGGUUUCCACACUCAAGGACACCAGGCAAUAAGGUGUUGGACAAGAAUAUUGAAGCCCCAAAUCAGCCAGUGGAUUCACAGAAAUCUGGUUACACCAAAUCAGGACUACAGCGUCCAAAAGAGCAUCAGUUUAUGUCCUUUGGUAAGAUGUCCGCUUCAGUCAAACCAGAGGAGACAUCAGUGGAAUCUGUAAUGGUCCCGAAUCCUAGAUUUGGUCUUGGUCCAUCAACAGUACAGGAUCAUCGGUCCAGCAACAGAUCAAGCUUUAGCACAUAUGCACCAUGUCCACCAGUAGGGAAGGUAGCAGACAGACAUAUGUCAUUCAACAGUGUGGCUCCAUUGCCUUCAACAUCCACCUUAGUGGAUAAGCCACCUACAGCAAGAAGACAGACAGGCUAUGAGCAGAGUCAGUCACCCAGUGGACCAAAAUGCACACCUGAAAUGCUCACUAGAAGCAGCACAAAGGCUGGAUUGUCACACUUUGUUGGAUCCAAGAGAAUUAUCCCAAGACCACCUAGCACCAGUAGGUUAGAGAGUGUGCACAGCUCUAGUUCAAGCUCCUCUGAGGGCAUAGAUAUCUCUCCUAGACCAGCAUGGGACAUGUUGAAAGCUGGUUUAAAACCACAUGCUGAAGUAUCUUCCUCUUCCUCUUUUGAAAACAGAAACACAAGUCUUCCUUUCAAGCCAUCCUUAUCAAGUUAUUCAGCUUACCCCACUUCAACAUUUUCACACAACAGACAACAUCAGUAAGACUAAUGGGGACAGGUAAGUAUGAUGUGCCUUGAUCUAAAUAGAAAGUCAGAAACAUCACUAGGCUUUUUGUGUUUUCAUUCUCAUUCUUGUCAAUUGUGUGUAUACCUGAAGCUGUGAAUCUGUAUCCACCAUACAUGCUCAGGCUAUUGCCUGUUUAACAUCAGCACAAUUAUUAGUAAUCACCAUCUCCACCUGAGUGUCCAUUGACAUACUGCCACGGUUGUGUUGACUCUUGAAGUUGGAAAACCUUGAGCACUUACUAGUUUUGAGGGUGGGUAAGCAUGCUGAUGUUAAUGGUGAUGUGACUCUUUUGGACAGUUCAAUACCUUGGUUGUUUUACAUUGGGUAAGUUUUGAAUUUAUCUUUCCAAGGCAAUUCUUUGCUUGUGAGUUUUGGGGCUACAACCUUAAUAGAAACUCAAGAAGCAAUUUUUGUAUAAGUGUCCUUCAUCAACUGUCCUAUUCCUUCAUCACUUCUAAACUGGUAUGA